CUAUUCUUUAAUUAUUGUUUCUUACACAACUUUGGUUCUUUGAUUCUUUCCUUUUUACUUAUCUAUGGAGUGGCGUUUGUGUAAUUUGGUUUCUAAAUCAAAUUAAAAUCUUUAGGAAAAUGCUACCUUAUGACUCCUUCCCAUGCAACUUCGAGGAAGGACCGAAAGGAGAACUCUCUCUCACUACAGAAAUAGACACGAAUCAUAUGCAGCAAAAAGCCGUCUGGGACAACUUCCUUCUCUUACAUGUACCUGCGUUGUCCACUCUUUCCUCGAACAUUUCUUCCUUUUCCUUUCCUUCUAAGACUCUGUUGCCAGCUAUUCUGUUUCAAACCUAUAUAUAUGCACCUUUCCCUGCUCACAUUUUCCAACAAUUUCCGUCUAUUCAGUUUCACAAGAUUUGGAUACAAUCCUUGUUAAUUACUAUUAAUUACUAUUAUUUAUUUGUUUCGAAUGGCGUCGCGAAGUGGGGUUGUUUUUGAAGAUUUCUUUCCAGCCAUGGUGGAGAAACUGGGUACUGAUGGGUUUAUGAAGGAGCUGUGCAAUGGGUUUCGGUUGUUGAUGGAUGAGAAGAAGGGGGUGAUCACUUUUGAGAGCUUGAAGAGGAAUGCCAACCUGCUUGGGUUGCAAGAUAUGAGCGAUGAUGAAGUAAUGUGUAUGUUGAGAGAAGGAGAUUUAGAUGGAGAUGGAGCUUUGAAUGAGAUGGAAUUUUGUACCCUCAUGUUCAGGUUGAGUCCUGGCUUGAUGAGGAGUUCUAGAAAAUGGCUUGUAGAAGCUCUUGUUAGUGAAAUGUAGGCUUUACGUUAUUGUUGUUUCUCGUUUUCUUUGGGCAAUCUUUUCUUUCGUUUUUUCCCCCGCCGAUCGGUUUGUAAUUUCCAGUUUAGUAGAAAUGAGAUCUUAAUUCCAUGAA